AUGCUUCACGGCACCGCUUCUCAAGGUCCACAAAUCCCCAUGGGACCUGCUACCACGGUUCGGAAGCAGAACUCGUCUUGUGACCCGUGUCGCCGUUCGAAAAGACGAUGCGCAUUCCCCGAAGGCGUCCAUCCCGGGUCCCCAAACAGGUGUCUGAACUGCAUGCACCUCGGGCACAAUUGCACGUUUGAUUUUGUCAAUUCCCGACUCAAUCAGAAGAAAAAUAAAACUAAGCAACCAGCCUCAUAUGGACCGGAACAACCUAUCGCCCCUGCCAUCUCCAGAGCCGAGAAGGUGAGCAUUUUUCCUUCGGAUCAGGGGUUUGUGGACUCCAUUCAAGCAACAGGACACAAUGGCUCGUGGAACGGGGUUUCCUCUACCGGUGUUCUUGAUGUUGAUAUGUUUAUGGGAAAUCUCGUGUCGGAGUGGACCAACCUGGACCGUCAGGUCUUUGCCACAGAGAGUCCAGCUACAGAGCACUAUCAAAGCAGCACCAGCAGCAGCGCACUGUCACCAAACACUCAAGACUCAAGGAGCCACAACCAGACGCCAUACAGAGCACCCAAUGACUUUUUAGCUCGAAGAAACUUGUCUCUGGGGCUUUGGCGGGGCAGUCCGAUCCACCUCCUCAACUCCAGUGUUGAGACGCAGCGGAUAAAUCAGAAUCUUCGUGAGGUCUACAAUUCCAUGAUGGCCGGCAUCGCAAUACGGUAUCUAGACUACAACUGUAAUCUAUUCGCUGGGUCAUACAAAUAUUCAUUUGAUGCCGAUCAAUCAAAUCCAUCAACUUUGGACAUUAAUGGCGGUCAAUCUGUGGGCGACAUACUGACUCCUUCGUGGAAGAAAGCUUCACUAGAAAACAAUGGCUCUCGAAUUCAGGCCAAUAUGGCUCCAGAGAGACUGGCAAGCCAAAUCAACAAGGUUACCAUGCUUGGAGUUGCACGAUUUCUGGACAACUUUGGCGCCUUUUAUGGCAAUGUCGUGGACCAGAAAACACGCAAUCAGCAUGAGCACACCUUGAUCGCGGUCCUACAGGCGUUUGCUCUCCAAUUUGCGCCAUCUAGGCCGGCAGAUGAUCCAUUGACACGGUUAUUCGAAGACACCCAGGGUGGCAACCAGUGCUCGCUAUCAGACCCCAUUCCUGGGGAUCGAAGCACCAAUAGUCAACACGUUUUCACUGCAGCAUGGUUCAAUGCUCACUCUCAUCUGGUUUCGUCAAAGAAAACUCGAUCCUUUGUAAGACUUUACUCAGUAUUCCUCUUUCUGAUGACCAGCAUACCACCAGAAGCAGCGUCCAUUCCCUGCUACGAAGACACUCCGAUUGGCCUGCUCGAUGAGGCUCUGCGCCAGAUGGAGGAGCUACGGGAUCUCGUGGAGGCCUAUUGCAAAAAUCUUAGCCGGCAGUCAAUUUAUCGUUUCCUACUUGAAUCCUCUGUCGGUAUUAUUCGCUGGUAUGGCUAUCUGCGCGAUACCAUAGAUUCCGUGCUCCAUGAGCGACCGUGCAUGUUGGAGGACGCGAUGCCAAGGUCAAAAGAAACCCUCCUGGGUGGGCAUUUGGCUCCAGAAUGGCAGCAACCAUCCGUAUUCGAUCAGGAAGUUCCCAAGCAUUGCCAGAAUGCGGCAGGGGAUCUUUUUCGUGUCUUCAGAGGGACCAUUAAUCUCAGACAAGUCCUCUUGACUGGGGACGCUGCGAACAACGUACCCAUGCUGAAGAGUGCGAUCACCGUAGCAAUGGCCAUCAACGACGAAUUUGCGUUGACCUAUGGCUCAUGGCUACAACAGUGCACCAUCUCUCUGUAUUUACUUUCGGAGAAGUCAAAACUGGCGUCAGGUGAAUUCUCUGCCUCCCACGGACGUGACUUCAUGCUGACCCUCCAUCAGGCUUCGAACCUACUACCUGCCGCGGAGAGACAGCCCGUCUUGGAAAAAGCACUGUCUUUUCAGCGAGAUGCAGUCACAUCUCUUCUCACAAUAGCACAACGAAUUGUGGACGUAUCGGCAACGGGCGAGUUUAAACUCAUUAACAGUGUCCAGGCAAAGAUGCACUUCAUCUCACACCACGCAAACACGGCCUUGGUGGUCCUAGCCUUGUCAAAAGCAAUAGAGCACACGAUCGAUCUGAAUGUAUCAGCCAGACAGCAAGGCGACUUGGUCUUGACGAUGUUUUCCGACAUGAAUUCAGAUUCGGAGUGGGUUGCGAGGAUGAAACCUUUGCUUACGUGCUUGUUGACGCUCGACUCUACAGUGUCUGGAGCGAUCACCGCGAGAUCAGCGCUGCAGAGGCUGAUGCAGCAGUAUGGUGACAUCUUGAUGGAUUGCUGGUCACAGGAAGACGUGGGCGAACAUACAUGA